GUGUCCCGCCCGCGCUGCCGCGGUCUGGGAGCCCAGCGGGGCCGGAGGGGCGGCGGGACCGGAGCGGGCGCGGGCGGCCGGGCCCAGUGUAUGCGACCGCGGGACGCGCCGGGGCCGGGCCACAGGGAAGCGGGGCGCUGACGGCUGGCAGGGGAGCUGCCCCCCAGAGCAGCAUGGAUGCCCCGCGAAGGGACAUGGAGUUGCUCAGCAACAGCCUGGCUGCCUACGCGCACAUCCGCGAACCUGGGGUCUUUUGGAAGUGGGACGACCCCCGCCCUGUGCCCCGCAGCCAACCCCGAGAGCUUCGGCCUCUACUUCGUGCUGGGCGUCUGCUUCGGCCUGCUGCUCACCCUCUGCCUGCUCGUCAUCAGCAUCUCGUGGGCGCCCCGCCCGCGGCCCAGGGGCCCGGCUCAGCGCCGGGACCCCCGCAGCAGCACCCUGGAGCCUGAGGACGACGACGAAGACGAGGAGGACACGGUGACGCGGCUGGGCCCCGACGACACGCUGCCGGGCCCCGAGCUGUCCGCGGAGCCCGACGGGCCCCUCAGUGUCAACGUCUUCACAUCGGCGGAGGAGCUGGAGCGGGCGCAGCGGCUGGAGGAGCGUGAGAGGAUCCUGCGGGAGAUCUGGCGCACCGGGCAGCCGGACCUGCUGGGCACAGGCACGCUGGGGCCCAGCCCCACGGCCACGGGCGCGGGCACCCUGGGCCGCAUGCACUAUUACUGAUGGGCCCCGGCUCCCGCUGCAAGGCGCUCGGGGUGCCGGACCUGCACAUGAGCCCAGACCUGCUCCGGACCUUCGGACUGCCUCGGCCCACAGGGUUCCCAGGUGCUACUGGGCGUGGACCGCCAGCCCCCGCGAGGCUCCCUUCCCCAGUCCUGCCAGAACCCGGGGGAGGGGAGGGGCAGGAUGCAGGGUCCCCACUCCCUCUCUGGGGGUGAUGAAGAGGUGAAGUGACCAAAUGAAAGAAAGCUGCAUUCUCAGUGA